AUGGAACCUGACGGAAACCUCCUGAAAGCAGAUUCCAUGGGUUUGUCGAACACGAAUUCAGCAAAGUCGCCUGAACUCUCAGCUGAUGAAGGCAUUGAAAUCGAUGCUACCGCAUUAUUUGGACAUCAUGAGCUUGAAGUUGGCAACUCAACGGCCUCCUCCAAUCCGUGUCCGGAGACGAUGAAAGAAAAUGCCAGGCCUUCAACUCUGUCGCUUUCUCUGAAUCAUGAUUGCGAUUUUGACAAUUCACUGAGUCAAUCGGCUUUGUACUUAUCUGCUCUUGAUAGGGCCAUUUUACCAGAAUUUUCGAUACCCCCAUUGGCUACAACAUCCACUGUCACUAAUGAUGGUGUUGCACCAAAAGACGUUUUGAUUCGAUCUCCGGCGAAGUCUCCUCCGUUGCUGCCUAUGGUGGAACCCCUGACACCGGUAUUCAGCAAAUCUAAUCUGAGGCAUCGAAGACGAAUCGGGAUUAAAGUGUCACCGAAGAAGCAACUUCCACCACUUCCUAAAACUACUGAGCUUUCGCCUGUGUUUUCUAGAUCUGAUCUACGGCUUAAUAAUCAUGGCGACGACUCUAUCGACACCCGUGCAGCACACACGAUGACAGCGAGGCAGCUCGAGUUUACGCCUGGAAUAGAUUUCCCGAAUUGGCAUCGAGAUGUAAUCAAUUUUCGCAAUGAUCUCAUAAGAUCUUCUAAUUGUCAUCCUGAAACUGUCACUGAACUACUCUCAAUUAUAUUUUGCCAUGGUCCGCUACUGUUUGCGGCGGAAUGUGAUAUGGGUCUUCAGCUACUUCAGAUCUGCCAAGAAGCGUCUGCUAGUAUUCCUCCACGAGCGCUUAACCCUCAAGAACUCACCGAUAUCUUUGCCUAUGUUAUUCGCGUGGCAAAGAGAAUUCUGAGACGCUGGGCCCGACGACAAGAAGAGCAGGUGUAA